AUGGCCGACGGAGACUACGAUAGUCCCCUUUGCAAGUUCACUAGAAGCCGAUUGCACUCUAACGCCGACAAAACGGAAUACACUGAUACCGCUGGCUACAUAUCAAAUGCCGAGAUCAAUCAACUCCUCAAACACAACUCAUCCCGCGUCAACAAACAUUACAUCGAUGCCCACAGCAACAGAAACCUUAUAGUCUACGACGAUACGAACUAG